UUCCCAUAUAUACUUUCAUAUAAUUCUAUUUUAAACAGAUUCUCAUCAGCGGAAGGUCUGCACUUCUAACCAGUGAGAAUGCUGCAUCUGUUAGAAGGUUCAAGUCCUUUAAUCUUCUCCAGACCAAACUAGAAGAUAAAACUGAAAAUGAUGAUUCUUGGUUUCUCUACACAUCUGACAGGUGGCCAAAAUUCAAGAUGUCUAUUAGUCACCUUUCAGACCAUGUAAAACCAGAGGCCCUUACAGGAUUUAACAAUACAGGAAAUGUUUGUGUUUGGCCAUCAGAAGAAGUACUUACAUAUUAUUGUUUAAAUCAACUUGAAAUAUUUAAUGGAAAAUCAGUCAUUGAACUUGGUGGAGGUAUGACAUGCCUAGCUGGAGUGGCUUUGAGUAUUAUGUCAGAUGUGACAUAUACAGAAUUAACAGAUGGAAAUAAAGAUUCUGUUUCAAAUCUCGAUAAAAUUAUUGCUAAAAAUAGAUCUCAAUUUAACAAAUCAAAGGUGACAAGUAGUGUGGUAAGAUGGGGUCCAGGUGAGACAAUAAAUCAAGACAUGAUUGAAGUAUUUGACUAUGUAUUGUGUGCUGAUUGUUUUUUCUUUGAAGAGGGAAGAGAAGAUCUGGUCAAGUUAAUUUAUAAAUUAUUAAAACAGGAUGGUGAAGCUAUCCUAUUUGCUCCAAAGAGAGGAAAAACUUUUGAUGCAUUUGUAACCCUUGCUGAUGCAGUAUUUAAUACAGAGGUGAAGGAAAACUAUGAUGACACUAUCUGGGAUAUACAUUGCAAGAUGAAGGAGAAAGGGACAGAUGCAUAUGAUCCAGAUAUCCACUACCCAUGUUUUGUACAUCUUUCUAAAAAAAGCAAUAGUGAUAAAUAAACUUAAAAAAUA